GGAGCCGAACCCGGCACGUCGCUCCGAGAUGAGCCCGGGGUUUUUGCGUUGUUAGGCGGAAGUCCGCGGCGCAACCCCCGGCCUAAGAAGGAGAAGGGAGAAAGAAAGAAAGAGACCCGGAUGCCUAAAGUAUGGAGUUCCCUUUCGACGUGGACCUGCUCUUCGGCGAGCGGAUCGCGACGGUGGAUCAGAACUUGCAGCCGUCGGGCAGGAAGGGAGCCGGGCUCGCCGCCACUCACAGAGCUGAUAUGAAGCAGCAACUCAUGAAGAUCAUAGAUGAGAUGGGCAAAGCCUCUGCCAAGGCCCAGAAUCUGCCAACUCCAAUCACCAGUGCCUCAAGGAUGCAAACCAACCACCAUGUGCUCUACAUCCUGAAAGACAGUGAAGCAAAAAUGGCUGGCAAAGGGAUUAUAAUUGGCUUCCUCAAAGUUGGUUACAAAAAACUCUUUGUAUUGGACCGUCAUGGCGCUCACAAUGAAGUGGAACCGCUGUGUGUGCUGGAUUUCUACAUUCACGAGUCUCUUCAGCGGCACGGCUACGGCAAGGAGCUCUUCCAUUACAUGCUGCAGCGAGAGCGAGUAGAACCCUAUCAAUUGGCAAUCGACCGGCCAUCCGAAAAACUUCUGUGCUUCCUACGUAAACACUAUAGCCUCACUGACACAAUUCCCCAGGUGAAUAAUUUUGUAAUUUUCCAGGGCUUUUUCAGCCACCAGCAUGCUCCAGCAAGAAAACUGCCUCCAAAGCGCUCUGAGGGAGACAUAAAACCAUAUUCGCUGUCAGAUCGAGAAUUCUUGAAGGAGGAGACUGAACCACCUUGGCCCUUCAACCAGUCUCGGGCACUGACCCGCUCUAGCAGUGUGGGGAAUUCUCCAGUGCGAGGCUGCCUCAAACCUUUUCUCAACGAGCAAGAGUUGCUGAAGAACUUGCGCCUCUGUCCCCCACAUGCAGCUGCCCAACACUUGAUGAAUGGUGAUCCGGGCAACUUGCUUUCACAGAGGCGGAGAACCAGGGGGAGCUCUGAAAAGGACAGCCUGAUAGCUAAGAAGUGGUCCUACAGCCGCUUCAACAACUCAACUGAAAGUGCAGAAGAGCCAGAGAAAAGAACAAGGGAUAUAACGAAUAACACUGAUUCACCAAAAGCAACUCUGAGACCAGACAGCAAACUUAAAGACACUGCUCUGAGCCAUCCCCAUGAUCCAGAACCUGUGAUCAUUAGGCAGAUGGAAGAGUCAGCCCAUGUUCCUGAAGAAUAUUCAUCUCUCAUGAUGGAUGCUCAAAGUCUUGGUGAUUCAGCCUUUUGGGAAAUGACGAAGAACUCCGAUGCUUUCACAGUCCCUUACAAGAAUGCCAUUUGCAAAAGUAACCAGCAGGUUCCCAGGAUUCUUCUGAAGCAGAGUAAGGGGAAGUACAAUCUGGCCCCAAACUCAUGCCAGGGGAAGCCACUGUGGAUAGUAGCAGGAAGUCCUCAUGAAGCCAAGUGGAUCCACCACAAGUAUCUGUAUUGCAAUACUAGACCUUGGUAAGGGAAAUGGACCAAAAUCAUGGCUGUUGAGUUAACAGAUAAUGUUGUCUAUAGGAAGUAGGACAACAUUGCCAGCAGCAUUGUUGAAGUAUUAGUUAUUGAAGUCUUCCUGUUUU